AUGAAUGAAAAAAAGUUGGAAACAACUCCACAGCAGCGGAAACUUCCUGAAUGGAUGUCUAUGCAGAAUGAGACCUGUCCUGCAGUAGAAGGAAAGGCAUCUAUUCAGAAGAGUGUUUUCGAAGAUGACCUCCCUUUCUUAGAAUUCACUGGAUCCAUUGUUUAUAGUUAUGAAGCUAGUGAUUGUUCUUUUCUGUCAGAAGAUAUUAGCACGAAUCUGUCUCCUGGAGGUGUUGUAGGAUUUGACAUGGAAUGGCCACCAGUAUACAAUAAAGGGAAACUGAGCAGAGUUGCUCUGAUUCAGUUAUGUGUGUCAGAGAGCAGAUGUUACUUGUUUCAUAUUUCUUCUAUGUCAGUUUUUCCUCAGGGAUUAAAAAUGUUGCUUGAAAAUGAAGCAAUUAAAAAAGCAGGUGUAGGAAUCAAAGGAGAUCAGCGGAAACUUCUGUGUGACUUUGAUAUCGAUUUGAAGAAUUUUGUGGAGCUGACAGAUGUUGCCAAUGAAAAGCUGAAAUGUACAGAGAUCUGGAGCCUCAAUGGUUUGGUUAAACACCUCUUUGGCAAACAGCUUCUGAAAGACAGAUCUAUUCGCUGUAGCAAUUGGAGUGAUUUUCCUCUCACUGAGGAUCAGAAACUAUAUGCAGCCACUGAUGCGUAUGCCGGUCUCAUCAUUUAUCAAAAAUUAGAGAUUUUAGGUGAUGCUGUGCAAAGGUUUGCUAUAAAUAAAAAAGAGGAGGAAAUGCUACCUAGUGAUGUGAAGAAACAAUUGACUUCAAUCUCUGAGGAUAUGAUGGAUCUGGCUAAGCGUCUUCCUGACACUUUGAAAAAAUUGGAAAAUCCACAGAGGAUUUCUAUACUAUUAAGUGAUAUUUCAGAAAAUCUGUAUUCAUUGAAGAAGAUGAUACUUGGUUCUACUGAGACCAUUCAGUUUUUACCAUUGGAAGAUCCAACUGCUGAUGGAGUACAACAGAAACAAAUUAGAGAACAUGUAAUUUUUAGUAAAGUUAAAGAAGAGACAUGGGACACAACACUUGAUAAUUUAAUAAAACAUGACGAAGGAAAUGUACUUCAAAAUGAAGUGAAACAAGAAGAAGAUGGAUUUGAAGCUGGAUUAGAAGAAGGCAAUAAGUUGAAAGAGAACACAGAAAGAAUUUGUUUGAUGUCGUUAGAUAUUACAGAACAUGAACUCCAGAUUUUGGAACAGCAGGCUCAGGAAAAAUUUCUUAAUGAUGUUACUUGCAAAUCUCCUGAGCAUUUAUCUUCCAAGGAUAAUGAAGAGGAUCUAUCUUAUGUAAUUGAAAGUGAUGAAGAUUUAGAAAUGGAGAUGAUUAAGUCUUUAGAAAAUCUAAAUACUGGCACGGCAGAUCCGGUUCAUCCAAAAUGCAUAAAAAUGGAAAGAAAUCUGGAUGUUCCUUUUGAAGAUGAUGAAGAUGAAAUUGAAGCUAUUGAAGAAGAAGAAGAAGAAGAUGCAGACCAUUCAUUACCAGGACCUAAUGCAAGCCAAAUUAAUGCCCUCAAGAUCUAUUUUGGCCAUUCCAGUUUUAAGCCGGUUCAGUGGAAGGUGAUUCAUUCUGUUUUGGAAGAAAGAAGAGAUAAUGUUGUUGUGAUGGCAACUGGAUAUGGAAAGAGUUUGUGCUUCCAGUACCCACCCGUGUAUUCAGGCAGGAUUGGCCUUGUCAUCUCUCCUCUUAUUUCUUUGAUGGAAGACCAAGUGCUCCAGCUUAAAAUGUCCAACAUUCCAGCUUGUUUUCUGGGAUCAGCACAGCCAAAAAAUGUUCUAGAAGAUAUUAAAUCCGGCAAAUAUCGGAUUGUAUACAUAACUCCAGAAUUCUGUUCGGGUAACUUGAGCCUACUCCAGCAACUUCAGGCCAGUAUUGGUAUCACACUUAUUGCUGUGGAUGAGGCUCACUGUAUUUCUGAAUGGGGACAUGAUUUUAGAAUUUCAUUCCGGACUUUGGGCUCCCUAAAGGCAUUACUCCCGUCGGUUCCAAUUGUUGCACUCACUGCUACUGCAAGUUCUUCAAUCCGGGAAGACAUUGCACGCUGCUUAAACCUGAAGAAUCCUCAGAUUACCUGUACUGGUUUUGAUCGACCAAACUUGUAUUUAGAAGUUGGGCGAAAAACAGGAAACAUCCGUCAGGAUCUUGUCCAAUUUCUUGUCCAAAAGACAAGUUCCACCUGGGAAUUUGAAGGUCCAACUAUCAUCUAUUGUCCUUCCAGAAAAAUGACAGAACAAGUUACAGCUGAACUUGAGAAACUGAAGUUAGCUUGUGGAACAUACCAUGCAGGGUUGGAUGUUAAAUCAAGGAGAGAGGUUCAUCAUAGUUUCAUGAGAGACGAAAUUCAGUGUGUCGUGGCUACCAUAGCUUUUGGAAUGGGCAUUAAUAAAGCUGACAUUCGCAGAGUCAUUCAUUAUGGUGCUCCUAAGGAAAUGGAAUCAUAUUACCAGGAGAUUGGGAGAGCUGGCCGUGAUGGACUUCAGAGUUCUUGUCAUAUACUCUGGGCUCCAGCAGACAUUAACAUAAAUAGGCACCGCCUUAGUGAGAUUCCCAAUGAAAAGUUUCGAUUAUACAAAUUACAGAUGAUGGCAAAGAUGGAAAAAUAUCUUCACUCCGGAAGAUGUAGGCGAAAACUCAUCUUGUCUCAUUUUGAAGACAAACAACUACGAAGGGCCUCCAUGGGUAUUAUGGGAACUGAAAAAUGCUGUGAUAAUUGCAGGUCCAGAUUGGAUACUUGCUCUUCCAUUGAUGACUCAGAUGAUACAUCACAGGACUUUGGUCCACAAGCCUUCAAGCUAUUAUCUGCUGUGAAAAUCUUAGGAGAAAGGUUUGGAAUUGGGCUUCCGAUUUUAUUUCUCCAAGGAUCUAAUUCCCAGCGACUUGCCGAUCAGUAUCGCAGACACAGUUUAUUUGGCAGUGGCAAGGAUCAAACGGAGAGUUGGUGGAAAGCUUUGUCCCAUCAGCUCAUGGCUGAGGGAUUCUUGGUAGAAGUUCCUGUUCCUGGGAAACACAAAUUUCUAAGGAUUUGCACUCUUACAGAAAAGGGCAGAUGUUGGCUUCAUGAAACCAGUACAGAGUUUCCUAAGAAACUUAUCCUUCAAACUAAUGAAUUGUGUCCGAGGGUGUUUCUUCUACCAAGUUCUAAAACUGUACCACCUGGCAUUGAACAGCAUUCCUCUAAUCAAGUACCAACUGAAUUAACCACGGAGAUGAAGCCUAACUUGGAGAAGAUGUAUUCUUAUAAAGGAUCUGAUAAAAUUUCUUCUGGGAGAAACAUUCCUAAAGAAAGCAUCACGGUGCAUUCACCAGGAAAAUCUUACAAGUCCUCAGAACCUGUUAUUUCAGCUCAAGAGCAGGAGACUCAGACUGUGUUAUAUGGCAAAUUGGUUGAAACCAGGCAGAAACAUGCCAAUAAAAUGGAUGUCCCUCCAGCUCUUCUGGCAACAAAUAAAAUACUGUUGGAUAUGGCCAGAAUGAGACCUACUACAUUUGAAAAUGUGAAAAGGAUCGAUGGUGUGUCUGAAGGCAAAGCUAAUAUGUUGACCUGUCUGUUGGAAGUCAUCAAACAUUUCUGUCAAAUAAAUAGCAUUCAGACAGACCUCUUUUCAAGGACAAUACUUCAGGAAGAACAAAGGAACAGUGUGGUGGUAAAAAAUGAAGUAUCCUGCCUUUCACAGUCUGUGGCCAUCACAUAUUAUUUAUUCCAAGAAAAGAAGAUGUCUUUGAUAAGUAUAGCGGAGGACAGGAAUAUGCCUCUCACAGCAGUUGGGAUGCACUUAACCCAAGCGGUGAAAGCUGGCUGCCCGCUUGAUAUGGAACAAGCAGGCCUGACUCCAGAGGUUCAGAAGAUUAUUGCUGAUGUUAUCCGAAACCCUCCCAUCAACUCAGAUAUAAAUAAAAUUGAACUAAUUAGAAAGCUGGUUCCUGAAAACAUUGACACCUACCUUAUCCACAUGGCGAUUGAGAUCCUAGAAAAAGACUGUGACAACAGACUCUUAGACCAACUUUCAUGUGCUUCCAACAGAAAGAGAGAUUUCCCCAACUCUGAAGAGAGCUGUUUAAGUUCUAAGAGAAGCAGGGAAGAAGUAGGUGCUAAUACCGAGCCUUCGUCUGUAACCUCAAAGAGAAAAUUACCUGAGUGGUUUGGCAAAGACAAUGAGACUUUAGCUGACACCAGCAAGAAAUCAAUGGCCAAACCAAAAAAGAAAGGUCUUUUUAGUUAA